GUCACACCCGGCUUCCUAUGUCUUUAUAUAGCGCAGCUGCCGAAGCUCUGAGCUACAUCAUUCAGCCUUUCUCCCCUGAGGUCACUUGCUAUCGCGGCUAUCACUGCCCCGCUUCCUUCCCUUUCUGACUGAGGGUGUUUCACUUCCACUCUUUACCGCAUAAGUAUUAUGUUUAUACAACAACCUAUUUCCUACAACUUUUCUAUGGAAAGUAAAGGGUAUCGAAUCUUUGCUGCCAGUGGCAAAUGUGACGGCCGGGACGCCUUCAGAGAAUCUUGAUAUCUGUUCUUGCAACCCCCUGAAAUACUUGACUAAGACUUUGGCAGAGUUUGUUUGCCUUGUCUUGUCACUACAUCAUUCCUCACACAAGAGCAUCACUUCAUUUUUGGUUUUUACUUAAUCACCAAAGCCACAAUGGUUGGAUUUAAGCCCACAGAUGUGCCACCAACUGCUGCUGUGAAGUUCAUCGGUGCCGGGACGGCCGCUUGUAUAGCUGACCUGUUCACCUUCCCACUAGACACUGCUAAAGUCAGGCUCCAGAUCCAAGGAGAGACUAAAGCUUCAGUCAACAUAAAGGCUGCCCAGUACAAGGGGGUCUUCGGCACCAUCUCUACAAUGGUGAAGACUGAGGGUCCAAAAAGCCUGUAUAAUGGUCUGGUUGCCGGUUUGCAGCGACAGAUGAGCUUUGCCUCCGUCCGUAUUGGACUGUAUGACUCUGUCAAGCAAUUCUACACCAAAGGAUCUGAACAUGUUGGGAUUGGAAGCAGGCUGCUUGCUGGCUGCACCACUGGUGCUAUGGCCGUGGCAAUAGCUCAGCCUACAGAUGUGGUAAAGGUGAGAUUCCAGGCUCAGGCUAACGUUUCCAGCGCCAGAAGAUACAAAGGGACCAUGGAGGCGUACAAAACUAUCGCACGAGAGGAAGGCAUGCGCGGCCUCUGGAAAGGUACCGCACCCAACAUAACCCGAAAUGCAAUAGUUAACUGCACUGAGCUGGUGACUUAUGACCUGAUCAAGGACAUGUUGCUGAAAUCCAACCUUAUGACUGAUAACCUUCCUUGCCAUUUCACCGCUGCGUUCGGAGCUGGGUUCUGCACCACGGUGAUUGCCUCCCCAGUUGAUGUAGUGAAGACAAGAUACAUGAACUCUGCCAUGGGCCAGUACAAAAGCGCCCUGAACUGUGCACUCACCAUGUUUAAAAAGGAGGGACCCUUAGCAUUCUACAAAGGAUUUAUGCCUUCGUUCUUGAGGCUGGGUUCUUGGAAUGUGGUUAUGUUUGUGACCUACGAACAGCUUAAGAGGGCUAUGAUGUCUGCCAAGAUCUCAUGGGAAGCUCCCUUUUGAACCUGAGUGACUGCCCGUUCUGCUGGGCUUGCAUCUAGAAUUUUUAUAAGCGCCUGUGUACCUCCUGUAAAGGUUUUUAGUUUAAAAUAAAUAAAUAAAUAAAAAUCCAUUUUACGACUGCAGUUGCCUCUCCAAAGAAUCUCUCAGAACAGAUUCUUCAUCACUGAAUGCUUUCCAUAUGUGCAAAUAAAUUGGGGUGAUUAAGUAAGCUGGACUGACUGCCCCAAUAGCAAAAUUUACCUUAAAUUAUUUUCUAAUGCAGGGGGCUAGAAACGGCAAAAGAAAUAUGGCUAAACACUGCACAAAACAAUGUUUGUUUUUUGUGUUAAACUUGUAAUAACCUUUAGCUUUAUUUUUAUAUAAUUUUACAUUCCUAAAGAAUGUUCGUUUUAACCUUUUUUAAAUGUUUGCACCUUGUUGAGAAUUAAAGGUUUCACUUAA